AUGACCACGUCCACGAUCAUUUAUGCGCCACUCAGCAGCGAUGACGAGGAAAUUCGGAUUCUUGAACUUUUGCCUGGCACUGGCCAAGAUGAAAUCCGCUGCAAGCUGCAAACAGUCUCGCUGAAGUGCUACUCCUGGACACGCCUGCUGCUCAAGAACUUUCUACUGACCAAGAAUGCCGGUCCGUACUCGAUGCCAUAUGCUACUCUAGAAGAAUACGACGAAGCUCGACGACAGCACCACUUACCAGCGAGGACGUGUUCAAGCCAAAUCUAUGCCUUUCGAAGAGCUGAUCGGCAGAACAGCGAGGAGACCGAGCUUGAUAUCCCAAGCUGUAACACGAUCCCAUGCUGCUGUUUUCAAGCUCUGUCGUACACAUGGGGACCGUAUACACAGAGCCGAACCAUGACGCUGCAAGGUCAACCAGGGAUUAAAAUCACCGACAAUCUCUACGCUGCUCUGCUUCGUCUUCGCCGACCAGCCGAGGUGCGCAGACUAUGGGUCGACGCCGUCUGCAUCGACCAAGCAGACCUCAACGAGCGCGCUGCACAAGUACGCCUCAUGGCAACGCUCUACAGCACCGCUCCCGAAGUCCUCGUCUGGCUAGGCGAAGUCGACAUCACCCACACAUGGGCCCGCGUCCACGCAGAAUACUCCCGAGUCUUCCUCGACCGCGACACAGCCGCCGAAGGCCACGACGAGCCUCGCUGGCAGAUGCUGAACCUUGCCAUCGGUGAGAUUAUGAGCCAUGCUACAGCUACACCACUGUGGUUCUUCCGAUCGUGGAUCGUGCAGGAAGUCGUAAACGCGAAGUACGCACCCAAGAUUCAACUGGGAUCUUUCGAAGGAUCUUGGCUAGAUCUCAUGCGAGCGUUCUUGAGGCGACCGUAUAAACCGCCGGGGAUCAUGGAGGCAGGGCGACUCGUCAGGAAUUUAGAUGCCAUGAGACCUGGCAAGGCUGAAGAUCGAUCGCUGCUGGAUUUCAUUGGGGAUACGAAUAAAUUGGACUGCACGGAUCCGCGGGACAGGGUGUUCUGUUUGCUGGGGAUGGUGAGGAGGAGGGAGGCGGUGUUGGUGGAUGUUGAUUAUUCUGAUGAGACGACGGAGGGGGUGAUUUAUACGCAGGCGACGUAUGCGGCGAUUGAGGGGCGAGGGGAUUUGAGGGCUUUUGCGUUUCUUGCUGCGCAGGAUCGGCGCACUGAGGGGAUGCCGUCGUGGGCGGUGGAUUUUGCUUGGAAGACGGAUUUUGAGCUUGGGACGUUGUCGGGGCCUGUAAGGUGGACGAAGGAGAAGGCGCAGGUUGAGGUUACGGUGGCACUUGAGGAUGGUCGGUUGAGGGUGCGAGGCUUGGUGUUUGACGUUGUCGAACGUGUUGUGUCAUUGGAGAGUGAUACUGCACAGCCAGCCAGCAAGUUUGCCUUGAUGAAGUUGAGUCAGACUUGCGCAGACGAUAUUGUCAACGCCCUGGAAGCACUGCCAAAUAGGGACCCCUACAAAGCGCUCCAGCACACCACACCUACCCAAAACCUGUACGACGGGCUCGAAGGCGACCGAGACCCACCUGAUUGGACCAACCUCCUCACCUGCGCCCACCGCAAUCUCCCCAGCAAAGCCCCAGACCAAUCCCUCCGCUACGACCGUCACCGCCGCGAAGACCUCUUCGCCGCCUGGGACAGAGCUGUAUCUCUGCGUCAACGCUGCAGCGUACCUGACUACAGGGACCCCGAGGAAAGAGACUACACCCUUGGUCUCAACAUGCCAUUGAGCACGAGUGGUGUCAAGGACUACACGUUCAUCACCACUCGCUGCGGUUUCAUCGGCAUCGGCUUGAGGGAUGUUGAUGCUGGGGAUGUUGUUGCUUUGCUUUAUGGGAGUAGGUUUCCUGCUGUGCUGCGUCUGGUAGGAGAUGCGGUUUAUGCUUUCAAGGGGUUGGCGCUGGUUAAUGGGGUUUCGUAUGGAGAGUUGGGGGAUGUCGUGCCGGGGUUGGAGUUGAGGGAGGAGGACUUUUGGCUUAUUUGA